UUUCUGUCUGAAGGAGGAACGAGUGCACCCUGUGGUUUUUCUCACUUCUCUCUCUCUCUCUCAAAAGAAUAACGGAACUCUGAAGAUGCCCGUCGUGUUUUUGUCUUCUUGGUCGGUGGUGGCGGUGGGAGGGACUACGAAGGAGCUGCUGCCAGAUGAGAGAUGAGUGUUCAGCGAUGAAUCAGAGUGGAAAGAUGAAGCUGCUGCUGAGCGGUCUGCUCUUCGCGUCCCUCUGCGCCCUCUCAUCUUGGAGUGCUGCAUCAGAAAAACUAGUUGUGACUCAGAGUCCAGAUGUUUCUGUCAUGGAGGGGGAGAUGGUGAAGAUCAACUGCUGCUGGACAGGGAACAUUGGGGAACAGGAAACAAGAGUUCGAGUGAACUGGUUGAAAAGUCAAACACAAAACAAAGAAGAUCUCAACAUGACAAUUCAGUCUCAAGUGUUUCAGAAAGAGGAGGAAAAUGACUGUUCAACUCUGACCUUUCCAAGUAUCUCAAGAGAAAAUGCAAGUACAUACGUCUGCAGGGUUUCUAUGGAGAUACCAGUUUUAGUUAAAGCUCUUGGAAACGGUACAGUCAUCACAGUUACAUCCAACAAUGAAACAUCUGGAGAAACCUCCAAUAAAACAGCUGGAGACAAAGAACCUUCCAUUAAUCUACCACAACCCGUGAUUAUUGCCCUGGCUGUGGUGGCGCCAAUGCUCCUCAUCGCUGUCGUCUGUUUCUGCUCUCUGCGAAGGAAAGAAGCGCAAGCAGCCAGAGUGAUCUACGAGGUGCCUCACGUCGACUCUGAGGUGGACAAACACAGCACCAGCUCCUCCAGAGGCUCUUCUCAGUGGUGCCAGGUACCUGUGUACGAAUCCUUCGAUUACUUCGAGCGCGUGCAAACCAAAGAAAGCGGAUGAGGAUCUUCGCCAGGAUUUUGUUACCCUUGUUUUCACUUGUCAGCAUGUAUAUAACAUAUCUUCUUUGUAACCUUGCAUUGUAUAAAUGAUUUUUACACGUGUAAAUAUUUUUUAUUAUCUAUAAACGGUUUCUAUAAAUUGGAAAA